AUGAUCACUGGAUCUAUCAUUGCUGCACUUUUUGAUCUCACUUUCGAUCUGUAUGGUUACAUUCUUAUUGGACUGAAUGAUAUUUGCACGGCCGCAUUGGGAGUAUACACGAAACAGAAGUUGGAAGCAAAGGAACUAGGGAAAUACGGUCUGAUGUUCUAUAAUUCGCUAUUCAUGCUAAUUCCAACGUUACUACUUAUCACGUACACGGGUGAUACUGAUCAUGCAAUCUCCUUCAUGUUUUCUGAUCGCAUGACAAACUCAGUUUGGAUCUGCUUCUUCGUCUCCUGUGUAUGCGGAUUCGCCCUGAACUACUCCUUAGUUUUGUGCACACAUUUCAACUCAGCUCUAACAACUACCUGCGUGGGCCCCAUAAAGAAUCUUUUCGUCACUUAUGUU